UAGUCAGUGUUCAGUUCUCAGCUUCAGUUCGUUUCAGUUUCAGUUCGCAGUCAGUUUGUCAACGGGUCGCAUGCGUAUUCGGAAUAUCGCGGAAGGCGAAUAUUAUUUUGGAAUAUUACUUGUACAAGCCAAGUGAAAUAUUUAAAGCCCUCUUAAAGUGGAGUGAUUGUGCAGUGAGAUAUUUAACAUUUCCCCCGAAGGAUUAUAAAUAAAGGAGAAAACAUGACAACCUUCGGUUCAACAGGCUGCCUCUUGCUGGGCCUUUUAUCCCUGCUGAUGUUUUUCAAUCCAGCCUCCGCUGUGCUGCGAUGCUGGCGCUGUUCAACGGAUGUCUCCAAUGGCGAGUUCUGCAAUGAUCCCUUCAUGCCGGAGACCAUCUCGGAGCAGCAGCGUUACUGGAGCUAUGUGAACUGCACCUAUUCGGUGGGUGCCAAGUCGGUGAAUGCCCGACCUGUCUGCAAAAAGCUGGUACAGGAAGUUUACGGCAAGCGGGUGAUUUCGCGUUCCUGCUUUUACGAGGACAUGGACGAUUCGCCGAAUAAGUGCGCCAAUGACCAGACCUCGUCCUACAUAAAGACCGUCUACUGUCGCACCUGCACAACAGAUGGCUGCAACGGAGGGAGUGCAUCUACUCCACUCAUCCUUCUGCUGAUGCUGCCACUUCUGUUGGCCUCGUUCCGCCACUUGCCGCUAUGCAAAUGAAGAAAUGAAUCCGGCCCGGACUUAAUUAACGGGACUCCGAGCUGAAGUUAAAGCUGGCCGGGAAUUUCGGUGCUUAGCCCGGACUUAACUGAAUUUCUUCAACGAGUUUUUAGUCACUUUUUGCCCUCACGAAAAUGCACAAAUCACCAGGAGAACAGGAGCUGUCAGAGCUGGCUGAAGGAGUUCUCCCUCCUGGCCAACGGAUGUCAUCUCAAUAUCGUCAUCAUCCAUGUAAAUGUUACUUGGUCACCUCACCAAACGAAAAUCAAAAGCAGUUACUCGUAGUCACAACUCUACACCCAUCAUUAAACACCCAAUCACACUUAACUUUGUUGUAAUUUGUACAUCUUUGUAAUAUCUUUAUUAUUGUACUUGUAAUUGAGAGGGCGGAGCCUAUUGCGGUUCAGUCUUUGAGUAAAUAAAUAAAUCGUAAUUAGAUGAUA